AUGUCGCGCUCUUUCCGCGUGUUCCCUACGCACAACAUCGCAUAUGAACAGGAUUGCGAGUAUAGCAUUCAGCUGAAUCGCUGGUUCCUGAAACCGAUCGGCGCUUGGCCCGGGACCGACACGUCGAUCGCGGAUAAACUCCUGUCGCGCUGCAUCCAGUUCAUCUGUCAUUCUCUGAUUGCCUUUACAGUAGUGCCCUGUGUGCUGUAUAUCUUAUUCGAGCCGGACGUGCAUUUGAAACUGAAAGCGUUCGGUCCGAUGAUACACUGGCUGAUGGGCGGCGCGAAUUACUGCUCAUUGCUGUUUCGUAGCUACGAGAUACGCAAGUGCGUGGAUCAUAUGCGCGACGAUUGGCAGGUCGUAAAGAAAACGUGCGAUCGCGAAGUGAUGCUGAGGAACGCCAAGUUCGGCCGAUUUGUGUCCGGUUUCUGUGCAGUCUUCAUGCAAGGUGGCGUCUGCUCCUACAGUAUCAUCACCGUUCUGACACCGGUGAUCAUUCGUAUCGACAACGUCACCAUAACGAUGCACCAGCUGCCGUGUCCGUUUUACACGGAGCUAGUGGAUGUCAGAUACAGUCCGGCGAACGAGAUCAUAAUCAGCCUCCAAAUACUAUCGACUGUCAUAGUAAACUCCAUCACGGUAGGCGCAUGCAGCCUCGCCGCAGUUUUUGCUAUGCAUGCUUGCGGCCAGUUAAAUAUUCUGAUGAUGAAAUUAGACGAACUCGUCGAUGAGACGAAAGACAAGCGCGAGACCACGCACCGGAAACUGGUUGCUAUCGUGGAGCAUCAUUUACGUGUACUAAGUUUUGUAUCGCGAAUAGAAACAGUUAUGCAUCAGAUAUGUCUUGUCGAAUUAUUGGGAUGCACGACUGAUAUAUGCAUGCUCGGAUAUUAUACAAUCACGGAAUGGGAAUUGCACGACAUAAAAAAUUUGCUUACAUACUUCACUAUAUUUGUAGCUAUGUCAUGUAACAUUUUUAUAUUUUGUUACAUAGCUGAAAUUCUUACUGACCAGUGUCAAAAAAUAGGCGAAAUGGCGUACAUGACGGAAUGGUAUCGAUUGCACCAUAAAAUUGCGCUUGACUUGAUCCUAAUAAUCUCGAGAUCAAAUGCCGUCAUAAAAAUAACUGCCGGAAAAAUGAUACAAUUAUCUAUUGCGACUUUUGGAGAUGUAAGUCUGUUCCGACUUUCGGAGCUAGUGGAUGUCAGAUACAGUCCGGCGAACGAGAUCAUAAUCAGCCUCCAAAUACUAUCGACUGUCAUAGUAAACUCCAUCACGGUAGGCGCAUGCAGCCUCGCCGCAGUUUUUGCUAUGCAUGCUUGCGGCCAGUUAAAUAUUCUGAUGAUGAAAUUAGACGAACUCGUCGAUGAGACGAAAGACAAGCGCGAGACCACGCACCGGAAACUGGUUGCUAUCGUGGAGCAUCAUUUACGUGUACUAAGUUUUGUAUCGCGAAUAGAAACAGUUAUGCAUCAGAUAUGUCUUGUCGAAUUAUUGGGAUGCACGACUGAUAUAUGCAUGCUCGGAUAUUAUACAAUCACGGAAUGGGAAUUGCACGACAUAAAAAAUUUGCUUACAUACUUCACUAUAUUUGUAGCUAUGUCAUGUAACAUUUUUAUAUUUUGUUACAUAGCUGAAAUUCUUACUGACCAGUGUCAAAAAAUAGGCGAAAUGGCGUACAUGACGGAAUGGUAUCGAUUGCACCAUAAAAUUGCGCUUGACUUGAUCCUAAUAAUCUCGAGAUCAAAUGCCGUCAUAAAAAUAACUGCCGGAAAAAUGAUACAAUUAUCUAUUGCGACUUUUGGAGAUGUAAUAAAAACAGCGUUUGCAUAUUUAAAUAUACUCAGAACAGUAGCAAUGUAA